AUGACAAUUACUUUGAAGCUGUUUCAGCUGUCACUAAACAGAGUGUUAUCAUCAUUUGAAUGCCCACCUAAAAAUGUAGCCAUAGCUUUGUCUGGUGGCCCAGAUUCUAUGUUAUUAACAUGGUUUCUUUCGGAGUUUAAGAGAACCUCAGUAAAUUUGAAUCAAUUGAAUAUCCAUGCAAUUACUAUCGAUCACAAUUAUAGAUAUGGUUCAGACGUGGAAGCAUCAAGCUUGACACAACAUGUGGAAAAAUGGGGUGUUAAUCAUGUCAUCAAAAAAUUGGAAUAUAAUGUUCAAGAUCCCAAGACGAUCACUAAUUUUGAAGAAAUUGCUAGAAUUAAAAGGUAUGAGAUAAUGAACACUAUUUGCAAUGAUCUAGGUGCACCAGCUUUAUUUUUAGGUCAUCAUCAAGAUGAUCAAUUAGAAACUUUUAUUCAAAGACUACAAGGUAAUUCAUCAAUUUUUGGAUUAGCUGGAACUAGAAGUAUUGCAACUAUGCCUUUGACAAGUGAUUUGAAUCCUUCAAAAUUGUUGAGUUUUCAAAGAGUUAAAAUAUUGAGACCGUUUUUGAGUUUUACUAAACAAGAAAUUUUACGAACCUGUCAAACAAAUCAAAUUCCAUACGUGAUAGACCCAACAAAUUCGGAUAUCAAUUUGACAAGGAGAAAUUACUUAAGAAAAGUUAUUGGAGAAACUUUACCGGAUAAGUUGAAAGAAUUUGAAUCUAAACAUGGCUCCUCAGAAUUAUUUCCAUAUAAGUCAAUUAUGAAAGAUGAAAUUAUCAAAACUCAUCAAAGCUGUGUGAAUCUAGUUGAAGACUUCGAAAGAAAAGCAUAUUUGAUGCACCGAUCUCUUUCUAGAUCUAACAAGAUUCAUGAGUCACCAUCAUUUAGUAAAUUACUCAUAGAGUUGCCAAAAAAUUACUUUGCGGGUACCAACAAAAUUACUGUAAGCAGAUUUUUAUAUCAAAGACUAUAUCCUUAUUCCACUUUAAAUCAUUAUCAUUGGGCAUAUGCAAAAUUGGAAAGACAACUAGUACCGAAAAUUGCAAAUUGGUUGAAUAUGAAUCGACCUACUCCUUUGAAAUGCACUAUGAUGAACUUAAAAUUUAAUAUUUCAACUAAGCCGUCCUCAGUUUAUAUGGAAAUAACAAGAGCACCCUUGACACGUUCUGAAGUGUUAGGCUUGGAGCAAAAGUUGAAUAUUGAUGAAAAUUGGUCAAAGUGGUUUCUAUUCGAUAAACGAUUUUGGUUACGAUUUCGAUCAAAGAAAAAAGAGAAAUUACUGAUAGUUGUUAUUCCUUACUCACACAAAUUACAUUGCAAAAUGGUUGGCAAUUCUUUGAAGCUCAAAUAUGCAAUUGAUAGUAGAAUGGAUGCUUUACCUAUUGUGAUGCAAGAUGGUAAGAUACUUUCGUUUCCUACAUUGGAAACCUCUGCUAGUGAAAUUGAUUCUGAGUGGAGUACAAAAUAUAACAAAUUUGAUUAUCUUGUUAAUUAG